AUGGGUGUGUCAACGGAUGAUAUGUCCAAAGAGACACCCAAACGUUCCGAAUCCAGCAAAUCUUCCAGUGAACAACCACCUUCCUAUGCAGCCGACCCAGCCGACCAAGUCGAGCAGUUAGGACUGGAAUUACCAAAGUUAAAUCUGGGAUCUGAUUCUUCUUCCAAGUUAGCUUCCAACUCAACAAUUACACGCGACCAGUGCGUCGCACACCUCAAAUUCCUAGCUGUGCUCGCAGACCUACGGGAUACCAUUUCUGGUGAUGACGGGCUAUUCGGUAUCUUCGAUGCCGAAGCGGACAAAUUUCCGGAUUCGCUCAACGAAGCCAGGGCGCGUAUUCGUGAGAAGCGCUGGGCUGUGUAUACGGCCCGCGCCGUCGACCGAUAUACUACUUGGUGGUCGAUCGGUCUCCCGCGAUCAAGACCCAUGGCAACAAUCAGUGAACUGGAGAACGCCAGCUAUGAAAGCAUCGUCAACUGCGAUACUCUAGUCGCAUGGAGUCCAGAUAAUCUACCACCUCUAGAUAUUUUGAUGGUCUGGCAUGCUCAUUCUUUGAACCCCCGCAGCUUCCUUGAAGAUUCUAUUCGGUACGGCAAGAUGAGCACCUGGAAAACGGGCUUCCCAUGGGAAGUCAUUGACCACUGUAUAAACAAUCAGACGAUGGAAUAUAAAGUCUCUGAUCAAGCCCAGCAGCUAUUCGAGCAGAAACUCAAACUCAAAUGGAACAAUCUACUUGAUCAGCCCACGAAGGAAGUGGACUGCCCUUACUGCAAAAAGGUGAACGCUGUCCCGUGGACAGAAGCUCACUUCGGGGCGACCGUCGAUUGUGCUUUCAGAUUUGGCAACGGCUACGCUGAUAACACAUUUGAGGUGAAAUGCGUCGGCUGUAGUCACAUAAUCGACCAUGGCCGGCUCAAGGUGGCAAAGUUCCGAAAAGACCUCCAAGCAACUUUGUACUCGGAUCUACCCAUGCCUGGUUCAUUUACCAAUCUCUAUGGAAUCCCGGAAGGUUCGAUUGUCAAGGGCAGUCACCCAAGCUUGCGGUACAUGCUGUUCCCCACACGAUUAAUUCAGGCUAUUGGGGAUGAUUUAAUGCAAUUCACGGAUGGCCGGGUGGACUGGUGUCAAGACAUCACCCAGCUCCGAGAAAAGCUCGAACUUAAGCUCCGCGACCGAAAAGUCUUGAUAGAUGCCCAGGGAGGUUUGUACACCAAGAUUUUGCUACCAAAGGAGAGAAUUCAGUUCCGGCGAAUGAUGUCACGGUACUGGGACAACCUGGGUCCAUUCGCAUUAGACCUUGUAGGUGCAGUGAUCCGACAAGGAACCUUCGUGGAGAAAAUGGACCAAAUCGACUGGCUGCAUUCUCCGACAGUGUUUGACACUAUGGACCGGCUCAUCAAAAAGUACGAAGUCUUCUUCCAAAUCAUGAUGGACAACCCAAAGGACAUGGCUGUGCCCACUUUAGACGUCGACUUAGCUUGGCACACCCACCAACUCGCACCAUCCCGGUACUACGAGUACAGCACGGGGAAAGCAGCAAGCAAUGGUGUUCGGAUUUUCAUCGACCACGACGACAAAGUCGACGAAGGCAAACUCUCCGAUGGCUUCGCAUGGACAAGCAAAAUGUACCGCCGAGCCACCAACGGCGGCGUCUACAGCGAAUGUACAUGCUGGUACUGCGAGGCAACACGAACACCAGACCUCUACGACCGUUUGAUCACCAUCGGUUCAGCAUCUCGCGCCCGCGAAGCUGCAGACCUGUUACACGACCGUCCAGAUAUCUCCUCCGACCCAAACAAAAAUCCACACAUCUCUGCACACAAUGCCGUCCGCCCUACAAAUCUGCACGCUCCGACAGAGCGCUCAAACACUCUCCAGUAUCUGCGCCUAAAAAGUAAUUACCAGAAAGCCGCGCGACGAGCCGAGAAGCGUGGUCGUGGUCGCUCGGGCUCGAAAUCUAGUGAUCGUACUCUUGUCGACCCUUACUACAUGCCGUAUGCUUAUGGGUACCCGAUUAUGGUCCCUUAUUAUGCUCCUUAUAUGGCGGACCCUUGCAUUAACUCCGAUGUGUACGCUUGUAACCCUGGUUGCAUGAAUGUUACAGCGGGCGCUGCCGGAAACUGCUGUGCAGGUACAUGUGGUAAGCUCUUCUUCCGCUCUUCUAGAACUAUUGGGUUUAACCAACUUUUGCAGGUAGUGGUGCGGCCGCUGGUAGCUGCGGAGGAGGUGGCGGAGCAGCAUGUGGUAAGUCAUUAUAUUCUUGGGUUACUUCGAUCCUGA